AUGUGCAUACAGCAAUCCCCCAACUCAAUACACAACAACCUCACACAUAUUAGAGAGAUUAACAAACAACAAACAGAUCCCUUACCAAUAAUAACAAUAGAUGACAACACAAGCAGCAGCCUUAUCACAGCAAAUCAAACAGGAAAAGAAAAGAUCAAAGAAAUAAAGAGGCUUACAGAACAAUGGAGUCAUAUCAACGUGUACACAGAUGGCUCUAUGGAUCCAACAAAUGACAACAAUGUGAAAAUGG